UUGCAAUGUCGGCGUUGCCGUAUUAUUUGUCACAUUUUGUUUGAAUUUUUGAACUUUUCCGUUAGCAAUUUCACGUAUAUAAUUUUGUGAAUAUAUUAGAACACUGUCUACAGUAAUGUAUUAUUGUGAAAUUCUGUAAAUAAUACUGAAAAAUACGUAAUAUCAGUGUUUUAAUCGUGUUUCAAACCAUUUAUAAAAUGGUAUUUUAACCUCAUUUUAAAUUUUACCCUAAGAUUUAACUUUUAUAAUCUUGUCAUGGAAGCUAAAAGUGAGAUUUUCUCACAAAGACUAAUAGUCGCCGUUUUGUGGAAUAUUGGAUUACAAACAUUACUUGCUAUACUAUUAAUAUCAAUUAUACAAGUCGACUUAAUUCAUCCGAUAUCAUGGAUCACAGCAGCGUUUUCUGAAAUCUUUGGUUGGAAGAUGGGCCUUAACAUUGUACUUCUGGGACUGGUUUCAUUUUUUCAAGCAUAUAUCUACGGCAAUUAUUUCAUGAUACCAUUACCUAAAUAUUUUACCCGGUUCUCUAUAUUUCUAAAUAUAUUUUCCUUACAAAAUGUUACUUUUAGCAUCCUGUAUGCUUUGAGUGGAUAUUUUACAAUGAGUCUUUACUCUUCAUUAGCGAAAAAUAAUUUUAAUACACUCAAAAAGAAAUGUGAUUAUUAUGAUGGACAAUGCCUCAUAGAACAAAGUUUAUUUCUACAAUUUGGUGGAAUGUGGAUUGGAUUAUACUACUUUUUGAAUUCACAUGUAUUUCGCCCAACAAUUCCUUUAUUUUCUCAUGUUUAUCAAGAUAAAUUGCAACAGAUUAAACUGGCUAUUAGUAACAUAUUAUCAACAGGUUUUAAGAAUUCUGCAAUGCCUGUUGCAUAUUAUUGUAUUUUUUAUAUUUUAUGGGGUAAUAAGCCAAGAGCUGUAGUAUCAGAUGUUUACAGUCUUUAUCUUGAAGAUCCACCUUUAGAUAAUAUAUUAAAUUUAUGUAGAUCGGGCAUUUGGAUUGGACUGUGGUUUUACACAAGCCUAUUUUUUGUUUCCGUGUAUACUAUGAAAACUGUCUUCAAUAUUGUACUUACAGAACCAAUGAAGUUUCCUAUUGAGUCUGAUAUCAGCUUGACUUUACAUAAUGCUUUAGCACAGAAAUCACAAUUUAAUGGUUACUUGGCUGCACAAGAUUUACGAAUAAUGUCAAUGUCUGACUCUGCACGGAGGUUGCAAAUCUUCACACUUUCUUUGCCUGGAGGCCAUCCCCGUAACUGGAGUAACUUGUUGGAGAAAUGUUUGGAUAUAAUCAAAGAUUUUACAAAAGAAAUAGAAUAUUUGAAUGGAGAUGGUAAACCAGUUGACAUUGAUACUACUGGUCAAAGAAAUUUUAUGAGUUUUAGCCCUAAAUCUACAUUGUAUACAAAUAAUUUAAGAAACAUGGCUCAAUCUCCUCAGUUGUUGGAAUUGAAAGAUCAUAAUAAAAACAUGGUUGACAAUACAUUUGCUACUACCGUUAAAGAAGAAUGUAGUACUAUGCUACAUAAAUUGUGUCAAAAACCUGGUAUAAAUUACUUUUUUGGUGAACUAACAGAUACAAAAUUAAAAUAUUUGUUGACACAGUCUCAACCUGUUAUGUGGACCUGUGAAGGCUUAGCUUUUGUUGUAGCAGCCUCAUUGAGAGAGGAUAAAUAUGGAGUAGUCCAGAAUGAUCUCCCUAAAAUUAUGACAAAUUUGAUUAAUCUCAAACAGAAUUUAGACAAACUGACGAAACCUGGUCUCAUACCCAGGAAGCAUGUUCUUAGUGAUGCUAUUGCGAUUAAACUUAGAAAUGCCCUGAUCUCAACAGUAAAGAGGUGCAUUUAUAAAAUAGUUUUGACUUUUUCUAAAUACAUACAUGAAAUUCCUUUAGAUCCUGAUAUUCAAAUUGCCAUACAGCCUUUUUUGUUGUGUAAAGAAGCGUGAUUGUGAUAUUAAUUAAGUACUUUCUUCUUUGGUUUUAAUGUUAUUGUAAUAAAAAGCUAUGAAUUCAAA